ACGCACACAUGCGCACACCCCCAACACAGACAUAUACUCACACACAUACUUCCUCUUAAGCCACUUUACAGCCAGCAGUAAAAGAAGAAAACAGUGCCUUUAUAAACAUGGACCAAAUGUCUGCUCAGACUUUUAAAGCAACUAUAAAGUCCAGCAUGGAGAAGGGCAACAAUAUGAAGGAUGAGGAGAAGCUGUACAAGCGAAAUGGGAUCCUCUACCCCACGAUCAUGAGCCCACCGGAGAACUUGGAUGCCUUGAAGGACCUGGAGGCCAGGGAGGAUGAUAUUAUGCUGGUGGCAUAUCCCAAAUGUGGUUGUAACUGGAUGGUGGGAGUGUUGAGAAAAAUGAUGGCUACGUGUGGAUACACUCUCCCUGAUAGACCCCCACUGAUUGAGUUCAACUCUCCAGAUGUACAGAAGAUUCUAGCUCAGAUGACAUCAAGACGGUUGCUUGCAACACAUUUACACCCUGAUAACAUCCCUGUUUCAUUUAAAACCAAUAAAACAAAGAUUUUGGUGGUGUUUCGAAACCCCAAGGACACUGUCGUCUCUUAUUACCAUUUUAUGAACAACAACCCAGUGCUGCCCAAUGCUGAGUCCUGGGACAAGUUCUUCUCCGACUUCAUGUCUGGUGAAGUCGGCUGGGGUUCUUUUUUUGACCAUGCAUUGGGCUGGGAGAAACACAUGGAUGACCCUAAUGUGUUGAUUGUAACCUAUGAAGAACUAAAGGAGAACCUGCUUGAGGCUCUCAAGAAAAUUACAGACUUUUUCAGCCUCACCCUGACAGAGGAACAGAUCAAGACGAUCACUGGAGAAAGCACAUUCAGUGCCAUGCAGUCAAGCACUAAUAUUUCUCAUGGACAACUUGCCAAAAUCAUUUUCCGAAAAGGUGAGGUAGGAGACUGGAAGAACCACUUCAGUGAGGCUCAGAGUAAACAAAUGGAUGAGGAGUUCAAAAAGAAACUUUCAGGAACCAAAAUAGGAGCCAAGCUUAAAUAUGAAAAGUACUGUCAGUAGUCUCAAAUAUUUAAAAACGGUGAAAAUUAUUGUGUUUUUGAAAUGAUCUGCAGUGACAAGGCAUUAAUAAUUAUUAUAAUUAUAAUAAAUAACUAUGUUUGAUUGGUUUACGAGAUGUAAAUGUUUGUUAAUACUAAUUAAAGAUUGGACACUAGAUGGUG